AUGAGGGACCUGGGGCCAUCCCCCGUGUCACCCCCCGUGUCACCCCCCGUGUCACCCCCCUCCGCGGCCUCUCCCGUGUCCCGCUCGUUGUCCCGGGCUCAAAGUCCACGGCCGGAGCCGCCCGCGGGCAGCGGGCACGGGCACGGGGCCAGGCCGGGCCGGGCCGGGUCGGGCACGGGCAAGUCCCAGCAGCGCCGGGGGAGGCGCGGCCGUGCGGGAACCGGGCGGGCACCGGGCGGGCUCGGCUGCCCUCGGUGCCACAUCGGGGUGGCCCGAAGCGGGGUGCCAGCUGUCCCAAAGCGGGGUGCCAGCUGUCCCGAAGCGGGGUGCCAGCUGUCCGGGACCGGGAUGGACGCCCCGACCCCUCUCCCCACGCUGAUCCGCAAGAAGCGGGACGGGGAGCGCCUGGAGGACGCCGAGAUCCGGAGCUUCGUGCGCGGCGUCACCGAGGGCACCGUGCAGCAGGGACAGAUCGGCGCCAUGCUGAUGGCCAUCCGGCUGCGGGGCAUGGACGCGGGUGAGACCCUGGCCCUGACCCAGGCCAUGGCCAGCUCUGGCCGGACAAUGGCCUGGCCGCCCGCCUGGCACGGGCUGGUGGUGGACAAGCACUCAACCGGUGGCGUUGGGGACAAGGUCAGCCUGGCCCUGGCCCCCGCGCUGGCCGCCUGCGGCUGCAAGGUGCCCAUGAUCAGCGGGCGCGGGCUGGGUCACACCGGGGGCACCCUGGACAAGCUGGAGGCCAUUCCCGGAUUCCGCGUCUCCCAGAGCCCCGAGGAGAUGCGGCACAUCCUGGAGCGGGUGGGCUGCUGCAUCGUGGGGCAGAGCGCGGAGCUGGUGCCCGCCGACCGGGUGCUCUACGGGCUGCGCGAUGUCACGGCCACCGUGGACAGCCUGCCCCUCAUCACCGCCUCCAUCCUCAGCAAGAAGGCGGCGGAGCGGCUCUCGGCGCUGGUGCUCGAUGUGAAGUUCGGGGGCGCAGCUCUGUACCCCACCCAGGAGAGCGCACGGGAGCUGGCACAGAGCCUGGUGGAGGUGGGCACCCAGCUGGGGAUCCGCACCGCGGCCCUGCUGACCCGCAUGGAGCAGCCGCUGGGCCGCGCCGUGGGCAACGCGCUCGAGGUGCUGGAGGCGCUCCAGUGCCUGGGGGGGAGCGGCCCCAGCGACCUGCGACACCUGGUCACCGUCCUGGGCGGGGUGCUGCUGUGGCAGUGCGGGAUGGAGCAGGGCCCCGAGCAGGGCCGUGAGCGCCUGGCCCGGGCUCUGGACGAUGGCUCAGCCCUGGGCAAGUUCGAGGCCAUGCUGGGGGCGCAGGGGGUGCCCCCCGAAACCGCCCGGGAGCUCUGUGCCGGGACCCCCGCCCGGCGCCGCCAGCUCCUGGGCCAGGCCGAGGUCUGCGAGGAGCUGCCCGUGCUGCAGGAAGGCUGGGUGCAGCAGGUGCGGGCGCUGCCCCUGGCGCGGGUCCUGCAUCACUUGGGCGCGGGCCGGGCUCGGGCCGGGGACCCCGUGAACCUCCGUGUGGGGGCCGAGCUGCUGGUGGGCACCGGGCAGCACCUGCGGGCAGGCCAGCCCUGGCUGCGGCUGCACCAUGAGGGGACCCUCAGCGCGCAGGCCCGGCGGGAGCUGCAGGACGCUCUGUGCCUCGCUCCGGAGCCCCCCCGGGACCUCCCGCCGCUGGUGGCCGAGACCAUCCUGCCCUCGGGAUCCGUGCGGGACUCACAAUAA